UUUCUAUUUUCUUUUCUUCCAGAACCUGUUACUGAAAUCAUAGGAGGACCAGAACUACACAUAAACAAAGGUUCUACAAUAAAUCUAACCUGUAUCGUAAAAUUCGCCCCCGAGCCGCCGCCCACUGUCACAUGGUCACAUAACCGACAGGUCAUAAAUUUUGAUUCACCACGUGGCGGUAUAUCAUUGGUUACGGAAAAAGGUGUUCUGACUACAAGUCGUCUGCUGGUACAGAAAGCCAUACAACAAGAUUCUGGACUUUACACAUGUACACCAUCGAAUGCAAAUCCCACAUCUGUGCGGGUACAUAUCGUUGAUGGUGAACAUCCUGCGGCUAUGCAUCACGGCGAUAGCUCAAACCUUAAAGCCACACCGCUCACACUGCUGGUGCUGGGCUCAUUUAUUUUAUUAUGGCUACAACAGCAACAAAGCACUCUACGUCAUCGUAUACGUUGGCGGUUCAAGGGGACCAUUAAACAGAAUGCGAACAAGGAUCACCGAGAGCAGUCAAUGCAGAAUUGCCGACAAGAGCUGAUAUUGCAGCGGCAAUCACAUCAACAACAGCAUCAUCAGCAUUGCCAUCAAUGCCAACGAUGUGAUUGUGUUGAUGAUAUUUAUAAUAGUGUUAUUGAUACAGAAUUGCCCGACAGCUGUGUAUUGUGGCAGCACAGAACAAAUCUUCAAUUGCCAAAUACAUAA